CGCCAUUUUGAUGUAAUUCCGUGUUACAACAGAAUAUUUAGAAUUUAUUGAGUGUAUACGUUGUUAUCAUUGUGAAAAUGUCUGUUUCUAACGGAGAGGAGGACGUAGCUGCAAAACUAAGCAAACUUAAGUUAAACCGCGGCUAUAAUAAAGAUCCUAAAGAGGAAAUGUCGGAAGAUAUCGCGACAACAGAGGACAAAAUGUAUUCCGUCCUCUCUAUUUUGGAUCGGGAAAUUGCGUCCCGCAAGCAGGUUUUGCAGCCUCCGCCUCCGCCUCCUCCAGCUAAAAGAUUGGUGAAUCUACCAACUUUAGGGAUUCCUAUAUUCGCAGAUUCUUACACGGGAAGAGCCUACCACAUGGAACGCGACACGUCUGCAGACCCCACGGUUAAGGAGCUGCUGGCAUUUUUAGAGAAGAGAGCGCUCGCAAUGGAAAAUGCUGAGCCUCCUGCGAAGCCCUCUACCAGCAGCGCCUAUGGUAACAGGCAGUCCAGAUUGGCAGUCAACGUAGCAGCGGUGGGAAGCAAACCAGCAUGCAAUUACUAUACUGGAGCUUCCGGCGAGCCAGCAGAGCGAGCCUCGGCCGAGCCACACGCUACUGCCGAGCCCGGCGGCGCUGCGGCCUGAGCCGUGCGCCUACGCGACACCUACCGCUCCGCCCGAGGAUGGCCCGCGCAUCUUAAACACUAAGUUUGGACAUAUAAUUGGCGGUGCUUUACCAAGCCAGCAUGAGGUAACAAAGCUUAUAUCGCUCUUAUGCACGAAGUGUGACAACAAUUUAAAUGAUACUAUGGCAAGCUUCUUCCAAACUGAGUCUGUACCUGAGGUAUAUAAGGAGCAACUUUCAGAACAUGACAUUGUAGAAAAUAACUUUCAAAGUACUAUGAAAUUGGAAAAUAAUAAAUUCCAAGUGGACUUACCACUAAAAAUUCCUAUUUCUGAUGUGAAUGAAACAUUAGGUGAAUCUUUCGAUUUAGCUUUGUAUAGGUUCUUAAGUCUUGAGAAAAAAUUGAAUAAAAAUAGUGUUUUACACUCAGAAUAUAGUAAGUUCAUAAACGAAUAUGUAGAGCUGGGACACGGUCAUUAUAUUAAUUUGGAUUCUUA